UUUUUUUUUUUUCUUCACUUUUGGUUUUCAUUUUCGAUAGCAUGUUCCGACGACGUCCAUGACGCAACAAGACUGCCUCUUAUGAAAAUGGAGCUGACCCGCCCGUCUUCAAGCUUCAAAGUUCAAAAGUUCACAAAGUGCCGCUCACGGUGAACGACUCGCGCAAUCAUGGUAUCAUGGCAUGAUCAACACAAGCAACUUUAUUAUGACCGUGCUCCAACUCUCGAGCUCUUUUUUUUUCUUUUUCUUUUUUCCGAGCAAGAUGCGUAAAGGGAUGUGAUAUCCGAGGUGUGCACGAUCCCAGGUUGUGCAGGCUCCGUUCCCAAAAGCGAAUAGGCACUCCUGAAGUGAGCCCCCCGACCUCUCGAUGAGUGACGGCUCGGGGGCGAUGGACCUCCGGCAAAUGUCGUCGGCACGACGGGAAUGAGUCGUGUUUAUGUUGAAGAAGCUCGGAUACCACGGCGCAUGACGGUGAUAAAGACUCAUCGCGUAGUCUUUCUAUGAGUUUCUAUGAGUAGCAGCGACCCUCAUGCCACUUUCGGUCGAAACGACAGUGACGAGGUCGUGCUUAUGUUGAAGAAGCUCGUACACCACGCGCAUCCCAGUGAUAGAGCACGUAAAACCAGAAAACCAAUAGUUUGCGAAAAGUGCCACACGGCGUUAGGAGCGCGCAGAGAUGGGGGAAGUUGUAGUUGUCUGAGUGGAGGGCGAGACGUAAAAGAUCUAGUGAGGAUCCUGUUCGCCUUUGAGAGUUUGUUUUCUGAGUCUUGGAUUUCCCAAUAUGAGAUAUCGACAGAAUCUGUGCGACAGCGUGGAGUCCUGGAUCGAUGCGUGACAAGCGGCGGCGGCGGUGGCUUGGAGUGGGUGGUGUCUCCGGGUAAUACCAACGGGGAAGAGAGUGAGCGAUUAUACUGCGCGGGUAUGUCAGGAAGUCGCAUUGUUGUGCGUAUGGCUAACAUGGGGAGCUCGAGAUGGCACUGAGGCGACUGAUUAAGCUAGUUGAUGCUAGGAUGUAAAUGUUGGAUGCUGAGGCUAUGAUGGCAUUUGUAUUUGUAUUUGCGUUCGUACCGGGUAAAUGGGGGCAAUGACAUACGACGACUUGUAUUUGUAUUAGCUAUGCUGCCAUGAAUAAAACAACUGGCGAUAGAGUUGCAGAAGGUAAGAAAGUCUGUCGUCCUCGUGGUCCCGUUGGGCUUGGAUCAUGAAACACAAACACGAACGUCGUGCAGCUUUUCCUCCUUGAAGUGUAUGUCGCAUAUGCGAGGCAAAGCAGUAAGCUAUGUAGAGGUGUGUCAAGCGUACCAUUGCCACGAAUCCCACUAUCAACACCCAUAGUACAUGAUAGGGACUCCGAGUCGCCACCGCCGUUCGAAGUCAUGCUGGAGUGCGGAAAUGAUGACAUAGAUCAUUCGUGUACCCCAGCAGCAUCGAGCUUCCAAGUUUUCGAGACUAGUGGAGAGAUCGAGAGAUCGAGAGGUAGCCAGGAACGGCCAAGUCGAGCGACGGAGCGACUCGAAAAGGCACAAACGCCACGUCUUGGGGACAGUUCAUAUGAUGGCCGGUUCUUGUCGAGGCUGUGAUGAUGCCAUGACAGCUCUCAGACCGAAAACAUAAGUACAGAUUCAGUUAUAAAUUCGGCGCUUGUCAGGCUUUACCUGGGGGGGGACAGAACGCAGAUAAGAUCCGUUCCGAGAGUGGGAUUCCCGUGCUCUGUGGUCCGACGGAUCGAUGGGUGCUGCGAGGUCUGAGGGGUACGAACGUGAAUUAUUUAAUGAGUCCCAAAAAGACGGGGGCGGGAAUAGUCGGUGAGAGAAAGCUCAGAGUUUUCCAUGUUCCUACUGGCAACCCAUGUCGGCGAUCUUCAGCCCGUUGAUAACUGCGGAAAACAGAGAGCCGGAUAGUGCACCGGGCCCAUCGUACUAUCACCAAGUGCAACAUCCCAACGU